UACUUAAUUCGAGUCAAGAUGGUUAAUGAAGGGAAAUCUCUGUCCGAAGCCCUGCUGUCUGCCAAGGUGGAGGGUCGCCUCACUGUUGGCGUCUAUGAGUGCGCACAAAUAAUGAACGAGGACCCUGACAGCGUGUCUUUCUGCGUUUUGGCUACUGAUGACUUUGAGUGUGAUGUCGCUCUUCAGAUCCAUUUCACUCUGAUACAAGCCUUUUGCUUUGACAACGACAUCAGCAUCGUCAAAGUUAACGAUCUGAAACGUCUCAGAAAUCUUGUUGGUGCCAACGGUCAGGACGCGCAUUGCGUUCUUAUAACGAACCCAACUGAAGACUCAUGGGAGGAUCCUGCUCUGGAAAAGCUUCACCUGUUCUGCGAAGAAAGUUGCAGCUAUAACGAUUGGGUUCCAGAGAUCACCCUGCCCGAGCGUUGAUCUGCAACUUUACUCUUCUCUUCUGAGAUGCUGUAAACCUUGAGGAAUACUCUACGCAUCCUUUGAAUCAAGGAUGAUGAUGUUUCCACAUCCCUGGAUUCUCCUGAGGAGGAUAAUCGGUCCAGGCAGCGCGAGGCAGGCCCGAGUGGCUCUCGCGGUUCUACGUCGUUUCUCGUCCCGUCCAUGCCAAGAUGAUCCUCAUUCUUUAUGUAAAUGAGGUCAGGCAUGCCACGAGAGCGACACAAUGGCCCUCAUUCUUUGUGCGGAUGAGGUUUGGAGAGAAAGGAGAAGCGAGUUUUGCCUCUGUUCCACAGAGCAAAUAUCGCAUGCGUUGGACACGCGGAGGACGCGGCGGUGCGUCGAAGCAACGUUUUUAAAAAUGGACUUUUACAUCACGGACGUUUUUACAAAUGUAAUUGCUGCACAAUAUAACGUACCUUAUUGGCGGCAAUGUGCUUUCCACUUUCCAGAAUUGUCUCAUUCUCUAAAGGUUUCACUUUAGAAAUAUUAUUAUGACAGAAAAAGAGGACAAAUAAAAAAAAGAGAUAAAAUAAAUCUAAAGGUUUAACUUUAGAAAUAUGUGAUAAAAAUAUUAAGCCCAAGUAUUCUUGUUAACUUUUAUUAUUUGUUAUC